GCGAAGCGUCGCCGUUUGGUGUGAUAGGCCCGAACGACAGAGUCAGGCCUGGAGCAGUUUUGAAGGGGAACGCUCGUCGACCCUGGGGAGUUGUGAGUAAAAGGAAGCAAAGGUGGGAGAGAUUUUUGUUAAGUAUCUCCUAUCCUUAGGAUGUUUGCAAGAGCAACAAAGACUUUUGUGAAGGAGGUUGACUGUGGAGGAAACUUGAUAUCUGUAUCAUCCCUGAAUAACUUGGAUAAAUUACAGUUCCUGAAUUUAGUCACAAAGAAAAAGAAAACCUGGUGCUGGCAAAAUCCAAAGUACCAUCUCUCAUCAGUCACACUGAAUGAUGUGCUUGUUCAAGAUACACAUGAACCUAUAAAACCAGUUAUUCUAGAGUCUGACUUUGUGAAGUAUGAGGGCAAGUUUGAAGAUGGCAUCAGAGGAAGCAUUGAAACUUCAUUUGGAAGAAUUAAUUUAGGAACUGGAGGAAGAGACAUUGUGGAAAGCCAGUCCUCUUUUGGAAAUCUCAAAAAGCAAGAAGUUGACUUGCACAAGCUUAUGAAAGAUGUGAAGGGAAGGUCAAUAAAUCUACAGACUUCAUUAUUGCAAGAAAUGCUUGAAAGAAAGCAUGAUGUUCUUUGUAUCCUUACAGAAAAAAUACUGACAACUCAGAAAUGUUUAAUAUCUGAACACAUUCAGAAAGAGGAAAAACUGGCUGGUAUGGUGGGAAUAAGUACAAAAAUUAUAAAGGUAUCAGUGAGUGAAAAUGGAAAAGUGAUCAAGAACUCUAAUGUGGUACUGGAGAUCCCUGCUCCAACAGCAGUUGCUUAUAGUGUAAUAGAGCUGUAUAUAAAGCGUGACGGUCGAUUUGAAUUGUGCCUCCUUCAUGACCAAGAAGGUGGUUUUGAAAGGUGGGCCAUAGAAGGGCCAUCUUACCAUUCUUUGGCCUUCAAAGAUGCUUGCUGCCCUCAUCUUUUGGAUGUUGUGGAUAAUGAGAAAUUGCCUGGGCCUGAAAGCCCUAUUCCAAGUGGUGCUUCGCUAAGCAUUCUAAGCAAAGAUGACCUCCAAUUAAAGACCCAGUUCCAACCUUUUAUGAACCUAUCAAGAGAGAAGCAGAGAGCUUUAUACCAAAUAGUGUAUGACCUUUUGCUUCAUGAAGAAACAGUGAUGCAACUAGAAAAUGUGCUGGAAAAUAUCUGUUCUAAGGACCGUCCAGGAAUCCUAGUAAUGGAGGAAUUAAAGUCACCAGAGGAACCAUGUUUAGAGGAGUUUCUGCAGCUUAUAGAUGUCCAUUUACAGAGCAGACAGUUGAUUCACAAUAAGGAGCUUUUCCUAGCUGUUCAUCUCCUCCUCAGUGCUCUGGCAGAACUGUCAAGUUAUUCACUAGUCCUGUUGCUAGCCUGCUGUGACCUCCAGCUUGUCCCUACUCUGUGUUUCUUGCCUAAUACGACGUCAGAGGAUGGCACAAUGACAUUUGCAGAUCCCCUACUAGCUCCACUUGCUGACCCGGGAAGGUUUCAGAUAUCGCAGAGGCUAUUUGCUUUGUCAGACAUUAAUCUUGAAAUGACUGAGACUUCCAUCAAAGCUGCAACCAUGAAAAAAUCCAGUUUUUCCCCAGUCAUUCUCUAUAUAGCAUUGAAUGGACUCCAUGCAUUAGGCUGUGAAAGAGACAAGAACUGAUGAAGCUGUUUGGAUGGUUUAAUACUGCAGCAGUCUAUUUAAUGCCUCUUAGAGUUGAACCUGCUUGAUUUGUAUCCAUGCAACUGGAAUAUCAGCCAAUGGGCUGUGGUAUUGGAAUAAGGCAAACACUGAAAGUAUAUGAAUGAAAAGAUACAAAGAUAAAAAAGCCAUGCAGGGAUAUUUGGUGAGAUAUUUAACAUUUUUUAAAGUUUCAGAAAGAUUACAGGUAGUCCUUACUUUCUGUCCAUUCAGGUAGUCCUUACUUUCUGUCCAUUCAUUCAGGGACCAUUCAAAGUUACGAUGGUGCUGAAAAAACAACUUUACAGCCCAUUUAUGACCUUCCCAGCAUCCCCCAGUCACGUCAUUGCCAUUACAGUCAGUGCCCAUUGUCCUGGGUCUGACCUGUAGUUUUUUUUCUACCCCCACCCUGCAGAGCAGAGAGAUUGAAGAGAAAGGGAUUGCAAGAAAGCAAGCUGUUUGCUGUUCUACACAUUGAAAGAAAUGCAAUUGUGCUGGCAGUGGGAAAGGGUCAGGCAAAGGAGUGAUUACUUUCCCCCCACCCCCAGAGUGGAGAGAUUAGAGAGAAAGGGAUUUCAAGAGAGUAAGCUGUUUUGUAGUUCACCCACAGCUCCCAGCCCCAGGCUGCAUUGCUUU